CACAUAUCUUUUUUCUUUCUUAAUAAACAAAUCUCUGUUUCUCUCUUCAGUAAAGCAUUGCCACACAGAGAGACAGAGAGUUAUCUAUGGCUAUCAGCAUGAGCACGUUUGGCUUAGGGCUAUGUUACACCGGGCAGCUUCCAUUCAGGCGAGUCACCGGUGAAACGGGGAGGAAGCAGCAGAGAAUGGCAGUGGUGAGAGCAGAAGGCGGAGGAGGAGGAAUCAAUCCGGAGAUCAGAAAGAACGAGGAGAAGGUGGUGGACUCUGUCGUGGUAACCGAGCUUUCCAAAAACAUAACUCCAUAUUGCAGGUGUUGGAGGUCGGGGACAUUUCCUUUGUGUGAUGGGAGUCAUACGAAGCACAACAAAGCUAAUGGAGAUAACGUUGGCCCUCUCCUUCUUAAAAAGCAGUAGCUUUUGUUUCUUUCAUUAAUUAGGAUCUCAAAAAUUAUCUUUGAAGUAAUGUAUUAAGGUGUACUUAGUCCAAAUAUUAUCUAUUCAGUUAUUCAAUCAUGUGAAAUUUCCUUUGAACAA